UUUUUUUUUUUUUUCUCCCUUCUGCUUUUGUUCCCUAAUUCUUCAUAAUAUACUCUGUUUUCCUUUUGUUUGGGCUUUUAGAGAGAUUUUCUUGAAAGUUUUGGAAGGAACUAGAAAAAGAAGCUUUCUUGAAAUCUGUCUUUUCUUUUUGUUUAAUUUUGGUACAGAAAUUACAACAGCUGCUUUUGUUUGCUCUUUUCUUCUUCUUAAUUUGUGUGUUCCGUGCUAAAAGUGUCUAAAAUUUUGGUAAAUUUCAGGUAUGUUUUGUGUACAUUAGUUAAUCGGCGAGCAAUUGUUUUGUUUGGUUAGGGGAAAAAAAAUGCUGUCCCAAAAGCCGCAAAUUUUCUCUGCUUUUCUUUUGCUGAAUGUUGUAACAUGUCUGCACGUUGUAAAAAUUGACUCUUUAAGCCCCGACGGCCUCUCCCUUCUCUCCCUGAAGUCCGCCGUGGACUCCUCCGCCGCCGCCUUCCCCGACUGGAAUGAGAACGACCCGUCGCCCUGCGGCUGGUCCGGGGUUUCGUGUAUGAACAUAUCCGGCUCGAGCGACGAGCGUGUCGUCGGGAUAGCCAUCGCCGGCAGGAAUCUCCAGGGGUAUAUCCCGUCGGAGCUCGGCAGCUUGGUCUAUCUCCGGCGGCUGAAUUUACACGGAAACAAUUUCCACGGCUCGAUUCCCGAUCAACUGUUCAACGCGUCCUCACUGCACAGCAUUUUCCUAUACGGUAACAAUCUCUCCGGUCCUCUACCUCCCUCUCUCUGCACCCUCCCCCGCCUGCAAAACGUCGACGUUUCAAGCAAUUCCCUCUCGGGCCCACUCCCCAAGACCCUCAGCAACUGCAGGCAGCUUCAGCGGCUGAAUCUCGCCAGAAACAAGUUUUCCGGCGAGAUUCCUGCCGGUAUUUUCCCCGAGCUCGCCAAUUUGCAGCACCUCGACUUGUCAUCCAACGAUUUCAACGGCUCGAUUCCAGGCGACAUGGGCGAGCUAAAGUCACUAACAGACACUCUGAAUCUCUCCUUUAAUCACUUCUCCGGGCAAAUACCGAAAACUCUAGGCGAGUUGCCACUCACCGUGAGUUUCGACCUUCGGAACAACAAUUUGAGCGGCGAGAUUCCCCAAACGGGCUCUUUCGCCAACCAGGGCCCGACUGCUUUCCAGAACAACGACGGUUUAUGUGGUUUUCCGGUACAAAAGUCCUGCAAGAGCAUCACCAACAGUCCAACCGGGUCUCAAGAUUCCGGGCCAGGGCCCAACAUGAAUUCCAGCCCGCGUAAGGGGCUGAAACCUAGCUUGAUCAUACUUAUAUCCAUAGCCGAUGCUUUAGGAGUGGCUUUUAUAGGAUUGGUAAUCGUUUACAUUUACUGGAAACGCAAGGACUCGAAUGGGUGCAGCUGUACUGGAAAAGGGAAGCUCGGUGGGAAUGAAAAAUCGGGCCUUUGCGCUUUUCCUUGCAUGAAUGGAUUUCCGAGUAAUGACUCGGAAAUGGAAUCUGAAAAGGGCGCGGGUUGUGGCAGAACUAGCGGUGGCACGAGUGGUGGGGAGGGUGAUUUGGUGGCGAUCGAUAAAGGGUUCAGUUUCGAGCUGGACGAGCUUUUGAGGGCCUCGGCUUACGUGCUGGGAAAAAGCGGUUUGGGGAUAGUUUAUAAGGUUGUGCUUGGAAAUGGAGUUCCUGUGGCGGUAAGAAGGUUGGGAGAAGGCGGAGAACAGAGGUAUAAGGAGUUUGUGGAUGAGGUUCAGGCGAUUGGGAAGAUAAAGCACCCGAAUGUUGUGAAGCUGAGGGCGUACUAUUGGGCCCCUGACGAGAAGCUUCUUAUAAGUGACUUCAUUUCCAACGGUAGCUUGGCUUCUGCUCUACGCGGCAAGCCCAACCAGCCCGUAUCCACCCUGUCAUGGUCGGCCCGACUCAGAAUCGCCAAAGGCACGGCCCGCGGGAUAGCUUACCUUCACGAAUGCAGCCCGCGAAAAUUUGUCCAUGGCAACAUAAAACCCUCCAACAUUCUCCUCGACAGCGAUCUGCAGCCCCACAUUUCCGAUUUUGGCCUCAGCCGACUCAUCACCAUCACCGGAAACAACCCUUCUUCCUCCGGAGGCUUCAUUGGUGGGGCCCUCCCUUACCUCAACCCGGCCCAGCCCGAAAGGCCCAACAGCUACCGGGCACCCGAGGCCCGCGGGCCCAAUGGGCGCCCGACUCAGAAAUGGGAUGUCUACUCAUUUGGGGUUGUUUUGUUGGAGCUGCUGACCGGGAAGUCUCCCGAGCUUUCGCCACCGACGAGCUCGAGCUCGAGCUCGACCGAGAUUCCCGAUCUCGUGAGGUGGGUGAGGAGAGGCUUUGAUGAGGAGAGCCCGCUUUCGGAAAUGGUGGACCCCAUCUUGCUGCAAGAAGUGCACGCUAAGAAGGAGGUUUUAGCGGCGUUUCAUGUAGCGAUUGCUUGCACGGAGGUGGACCCGGAGGCUCGACCGAGGAUGAAAAUGGUGUCGGAAAAUCUCGACAAGAUUGGAAGUUGAUGGAAGAAUUUGGGAUCUUUUUUUUUUUUCAAAGUGUUCUUUCUAUUCUUGGAGUAAAAGUUCAUAGUUUUACAGCUUUGAUUUUUCAUUUUGGAGUUGGGGUUGAGGUUGAGGAGUGUGUUUUAGCUAUAUAUGGAUUGGUGGUGUAAUUUAUCUUGUGAUUUGUUUAUGCUUUUGGUAUGGAGAGGCAUUUGAAAUUUAACUUGUGUUUUUGUGUUGCCUGAGACAAUAAAGAGUAGGUUUUGUUUUUUUAGUCCAUUGAGUUGAGUGAGUUUAGUUAGAGUUCAUUGUUUGCUGUAAGAAGUUUUGACAUAGCUCAAAAGGAUGGAUGAUAUUAGC